AUGAAUAAAAAUGUUGCCUCACCAAGUGUAAUUCGUAUUAAAAGAAGAAGAGAUGAAGAUUCUUUGCAGGCUCUACUUUUGGAAACGGCCAGGAAUAGUAAAAGGGGUAAAUAUGUUUUCAAAUUAUCUAAGACUGUAGACACUAAAAAUGAUGCCAGUCACCUUCACAAUAACAAUAAAUAUUCCUUGAAUUCUUAUACUGAUACUGAUAAUAAUCCAUCUUAUAGAGAAACUCCCGUUUUGGAAUCAACGUCAGCUGCGCAUACCUACAUUUUAGCUAAGUCUCGACUACAAGAAAUUGCUACUACAUCAACAAAACUUAAACCAGAAGUUAAUGAGCUAUUGCAAGAAUAUUUACAAACAAAUGAAAAUGUGGCAUCCACCGCUACCUCGGAUACACUGUGUAACAAUAUGUUAAGUAUUGAAUAUGUCUAUGAUAUUUAUGUUAAACAAAAAAUCAGUCAAGAAGACGACUUUUUGUUUGAUAAAAAUACAAUGGGGUAUGUUCGAAUAAUGGAAGAUGACUUGAUCCCUGAUGAAGAAUCUGAUUUAGAAGAAAGACAGAUCUUAUCAGAUGACGAGGAUUCGAAUACUGAAGACUUUUAUAGAAAUGAUUAUCCAGAGGAUGAGGAUGACGACAGAUCCAUCGUUUUUGGAGAUCAUGAGGAGAAAGUAGCAGAAGAAACAAAUUUCUUCAGAUAUGGUCAUGAUCACGAACUUGAAAUUGCAAAUAAUAACGGUUCCAUUGGGAUAUCAUAUGACCGAAUCUAUGAUCAAUAUAACAAUAGUAGUAACAAUGGUCAAGGGUCAUUUUUAGAUUCUAUAAGAUUCAAUCGUGGUGCCAAUGGAUAUGAAGAUGACCGUGGUAGCGAGGGGAAAGUUGAUAAUUUGUACGACGAGUCAAGUUAUAACACUGACUACGAAUAUGAUGGGGAAGAGGAAGAAGACAGUAGUAAAAUAGAUUUCCCACGAAACCAAUUCUUUGCUACUGAUAGAGAUGAUCCAUUAGCAAUUCAUAGAGACAAAAUUAUGAACAAAUUGCAAAAAAUUAUAGACAAGAGCAAAUAA